UUGUCAUUCACGACACCUCGGCAUGAGAGUGCAGGAGAACCAGGGUAUUUAUUUCAAGGCUGAGGGGUGCGGAGAUGCCGCGAACAGGUCGACGCGCUCAUCACCGGGAGUUCUCACCUCAGCAGGGCGUCCGUCAAUAGCUCCGCAUCGCUUGAUUUUAAGUCCAAGAGCUCCAGCAGGCCAGGUUCCUAAGAGCCUUUGGCAAACCCGCCUCCGCCUCAGAUGAAGGUAACUUUCUGGCUCAUGCAAGUUCCCCUCGGCUUGGGCAAAGUUGCGAGCUUUAGCCCUAUAAGUGCCUGCCGGAGACAAUCUCACUCAGCUACCCCACCUAAGGCCUGCUUUGUGGGUUCCCGAGGAAUGCAAUAUCAGCAGCGGCUGAACGCGAGCGCGCAUCGUCGACUGUAUGUAGACGAAACACGUCGGAUCUCGCUUGACAUCUCAUCGAGGCUUGGCAGCGGGCCGUCCGAGUUGGUGAUGCAGCGGAAUACCGCAAAUACUCACUCGAUAGGAGGAUACGCUAGAAUCGGCGCUACUGCAGUCCGGCCUCCAACCUUUUAACGACAGCCAACCAAAGUACGCC